CCCAGUCUCCUCCAAAUCCUCUAAAUGAUGCCGCAAUCAGCACCCCACAAUCGGAGACGAGACAAGCCCAUCUUGAGCUGCACCUUUUGCAGGGGACGCAAGUGAGUCUGUCCCUCUUCGUUAUAGCACAGAGCGUAUUAAACCCAUGUAGACUUCGUUGCGAUAGACAAUCUCCAUGUGGCGCUUGUGCGCGACGCAGAAAGCCCGCCGAAUGCAUCUUCACCUGCUCAGAGCAAGAGCGAAAAGAUGCCAUCGACUACAGGCCUGCCAGGAGCCAGCAGACUCGUCAGAGAAUUGCCCGCCUUGAGAACCUCGUCACCGAGAUGAGAGACAUUGUGCAGAGCUCACGUCAGCCGUCGGGCGAUAAUGCGUCGCGAAGUGAAAUGCCAGCGUACACUGAGCCACCGCUCAAUCCUUCCGAUGGCCGUGCAACAGAUGACAUGGGUAAAUUGAGUCUCACUGAUGACCAUGCAGUCUACACCGGCAGUUCUCAUUGGGUUACUAUUUUGGAAGACAUCCAAUGCCUCAAGGAUGAACUGUCCGAGGAGUACUCUAACCCAAACACAAGCCUCGAAUCGACUCCAUUUGAUACCGGCUCCAGGAAUGAAUCGCCUCUCACUAGAAUCUCUCUCCUCAACAGCUCACCCUGUCUUCCAAGGGAGCAAAUUCUGGGCAUGAUCCCUCCACGCAAGGUAGUGGAUAGACUCGUCUCCCAAUUCUUCAAUGCUUUCGAUAUGGCCCCUUUCAUUCUACACCGAGGCAAGUUCCUCGCUGAGUACGCAAACUUCUGGGACAACCGUUCAUCAGUUCCCAUCAUGUGGGUGGGCCUCCUAUGCAGUGUCAUGAGCAUGUCCGCAUUUCUUCAGCAGCAAGAUGUCGCAGCUCUUGGGUUGUCCACCGCGGAAUCACAGGACAUGCUAGAAACCUAUCGGACUCUUACCAUCCAUUGCUUGCUCGCCGGGGACUAUCUCCAGCCGACCAGAUACACCAUAGAGACGCUGACUAUACACUUUGGUGUUGACCAAAACGUGAACCUCGAUGCGUCAAUUGGCAACUGGGUCCUGAUUGGCGUCGUCAUCCGGAUUGCCUUGCGCGUGGGACUGCACCGCGAUCCCUCUCACUGGCCAGGUAUUCGACCACUGCAAGCAGAACUUCGACGACGUCUCUGGAUGACCCUAUACCAGAUGGAUUUCUUUACCAGCACCCAAGUUGGAUUGCCUCGUAUCAUUAAGGAUUCCCAAUCCGAUACGCGUCCGCCCACGCACUUGUUUGCCAAUGACAUUGGCUUUGAGCAUGACCAGAUCCCACCCGAGCGGCCAUUGACAGAACCUACUGCGCUUUUAUUCGUCAUCCAGAGGAAUACCAUCAUCAAAGUCGCAGCAGAAAUAUACGAUGCAACUGAAGCAGGACCGCCAUCGUCGGCCACAACUGCUGCGCUAAGUGCCAAACUGGAAAAAGCUAUCGAUGGCAUCCCUACAUGGUUAAAGUAUGGGUCGCUCGAGACAUCAGUCGCAGACGACCCUGCUACGAUAUUGCAUCAAAUGUUCUUGGAUAUUCUAAUACAAAAGGCCGUUUAUCUUCUUCAUCGACGGAGUUUCGUGAAAGAUUCUGUUGGAGAAGAAAACACGAGAUCCAACGAGCUUUGUAUCAAAGCUGCCCUGGCGAUUCUGGAACAUCAACGAAAAAUGAGCGAAGAGACUAAACCUGGAGGCCUUGUGUUUGGCAUUCGCUGGAAAGUCGCUACGUCGCUCAACCACGAAUUUCUACAAGCCACAAUGAUGCUCUGUUUCGCAAUGAGCAGACUUAACGAGGGACAUGUUGGCACGGCGAGUUAUUGCGCUUUUGGCAGGCGAGAUGACAUAUUGGAAGCUUUAACCAUUGCAAAAGGGCUGUGGGAGAAGAAUGCCGACCGGUCCGUGGAGGCGCGAAGAGCAGCAAAGGCCAUCACAGCCGUGCUGCAGCAAGAUUUGGACAAAUCGGGCGCGGCCGCUUUGGCAGCUUCAGAUGGAUUCUUUGAUCAAAUGCCAGGGGUGGAGGCACAAAGCUAUUUCGGUAACUUCGACUACGGGCAUGGCAUGGCUUUGGACCCCUCCCUUUUGACUGUUGAUGAUGAUAUGGCAGUGUUUGGAAGCAUGUUAGACCAGUUCGUGACUGAGGAGACCCAACUAUAGCGUGUACGGUCUACCGGCAGUACGCUGGGUAGAUCAAGCUUCGUAUCGCGCCAGGGAAGCCAUCACGUUUGGGACAAACAUUGUGGCGCGUUAUUGAAUAUCGUCUUUGGUUUAAGGAAUUCGGAGUAUCUCCACAAUCUGAGUCAUUGUAUGUACAACUUCGACGACUCGCAACCUCCAUUGAGAAGGUGUGUAAUCAGGGACCAAAGAAAAGGUGAGCUCGAAUUCAUAGAAAGAAAAGGUGUGCUUUAUCCAAUAACUAGACGAAGCUAUCACUGUAAUUAAAGACAACAUGAUCUGUUGG